GAAGAAGCCGGGUCUCGCGAGAUCCUGUUGGUUCCGCAUUUCGGUACUUGGAGCUGUGGGAGGCUACGCGGAGGACGCCGCGGUCGGUGCUUGGUCGCGGCGGCUGGAACUCAGUACCGAACCCGGGCCGUGAAGCUUCGGCAGCCCUGCUGAACCGCGGACCGCCCUCUGCUUUCCGGUGCCCGCGGCGGCGCCGAGUCUGACGGGGCGGGGGCCACGGCCCCUCGGGCUAGUGAGGAUGAGCUUCCUCUUCAGCAGCCGCUCUUCGAAAACAUUCAAACCAAAGAAGAAUAUUCCUGAAGGGUCCCAUCAGUACGAACUCUUAAAGCAUGCAGAGGCAACUCUUGGAAGUGGCAAUCUGAGGCAAGCUGUUAUGCUGCCUGAGGGAGAGGACCUCAAUGAAUGGAUUGCUGUCAAUACUGUGGAUUUCUUCAAUCAGAUCAACAUGUUGUAUGGAACCAUUACAGAAUUCUGCACUGAGGCAAGCUGCCCAGUCAUGUCAGCAGGUCCCAGGUAUGAGUACCACUGGGCAGAUGGCACUAACAUUAAAAAGCCAAUUAAGUGUUCUGCACCAAAAUAUAUUGACUAUUUGAUGACUUGGGUUCAGGAUCAGCUUGAUGACGAAACUCUCUUUCCUUCUAAGAUUGGUGUCCCAUUUCCCAAAAACUUUAUGUCUGUGGCAAAGACUAUUCUGAAGCGUCUCUUCAGGGUUUAUGCCCAUAUUUACCACCAGCACUUUGACUCUGUGAUGCAGCUGCAAGAGGAGGCCCACCUCAACACCUCCUUCAAGCACUUUAUUUUCUUUGUUCAGGAGUUUAAUCUGAUCGAUAGGCGUGAGUUGGCACCACUUCAGGAAUUAAUUGAGAAGCUGGGAUCUAAAGACAGAUAAAUGUUUCUUGUAGAACACAGUUACGCUUUUCCUCUAUCUACUGCUAGCACUCUCUCAUUGCUGUCUGGUAUGGACUCAGUGAUACUGACUACAAGAAACCAGGACCAAAAUAUCCAUUGUAUCUGCAGAGAAAAUUGUCCCAAAGGUAGGUUGGCCAGAUAGCUUCAAAACAAUCCAGCGACAUAGCUAAAUCAGAGGUGCUAUGUGGCCACCCUGUUACUGUUAGCGUGCUUCUUUUUUGACCUCAUGACUAACCUGUAGUUUGUUGCUGAGCUCUGUUCAAGAAAAUGAGUUUUUUUCCCAUGUGACAACAUAAUGGACAUUAAGAAUUUUCAGCAGCAACUUACUAGUGAGUUUCUAGACAGAUGUCUUAACACAGAGGAGUUUGCUUUGUUUUACAAAUCAGGGUGUUCUGUUUCUAAAUCCCAACAUUUAGAGUUUCUGUUUUACUUUGGAUAGCCUUUGGUUCACAUUUGUAUUCUGAUGUUUUAUGAGCAAGAGUAUAUGUUUUUUAGCUAGGCAUGAUGGUCCAUGCAUGUUACCUGACACUGUGGAGGCAGAGGUGGGAGGAUCUCACAUUUGAGGCUGGCUUGGGCUACCUUGUGAAACUGUUGCUAAAAAAAAAGUUUGUUUUGCAAAAUCCACAAGGCAUAAUCACAGGCAUAUGUGGACUAAAGAUUAACCAAAGUUAUUUUAAAUGACCUUACUUUUUAAACUUGUUUGGGAUUGUCUUCUUGUCUGAUUAGAUGAGGAGAGUGCAUGGCUUCUGACGACACCCCGCAGGUUCUCACUUGACUCUUCACGCAGAUUAACUUCAUAUUAGCUUGGGGCCAAGAUCAAGAAAACUUGCAAACUCUGUGACACACUUGGGCCUUAAAGCCACUGUUUUCAUUGAUGUUUCCUUGAGGGACAGUAGAAAAAGUAUUCCGAGUACUUGAUCAUUUCCUAAGUGAUUCCAUGUUUUUGCAACUUGAAACUUAUGUUUCUGUGUAGAAUUACACCCACUUCAUGGCAGUAAGGACAAAGGUCAAAACCACAGAAUAGCUUUCAGGGAUGUGUGACAGCAGAUCUCCCUGGGCCUGUUAGAGCUAGAGACCCAGCAAAGAGUACAUUGAUAACAACUUGGCUUCCUUCUGUUAUUGUGCACAGGCUGCAGUGAACUCUAGAACUUCUAUCCUACUUGUCUUUGUAUCAGAACUUGAAUUUUUCCUCAUCUUGUUGUGAUAAAAGACUCUGCUUUUCAUGUGGUCCUCAAAUCUAGUCAGUUCUGGCUGCUUCCUCAGAUGUACAUGACAUCCCAGGAAUUCUGGACACUUGCCCAACAGGCAGAGCUGGAGUUUAUCAGCGUUGUGUGUCAGAUCUGAGACUUACACAGUACUCAUUGGCCUCCUAUAUGGCUUUAUAAAAGUUAGAGUUGAUGAGGUUUUUGUUAUUUAUUUUGAUUCCACUAGACUAUGCUGGAAAGUAUUGCUUAGAAACUCCAGUUUUAAUAACUCACUUUCAGUAUGUUCUUAAGUAUGUUCAGAAUUUCAAAGGAACUGUUUUGUCUUUAUUUUGGCUGAAAUCACAUAUCACUGUUAGAGGAAUUCAAGUUGGGAUAAUGAUUUAGGGAAAAAAGGACAGCUUGGAAACACCUUACAACCCAGGUGUAUGCAGAGGUCCAGAUGUCAGCUGUUCUGCAAGUGCCAUCUGCAGACAGGAAGCAGGCUUCUAGAUGAUGCCAAGAAUGCAUCACCUCUCAACCCCAGACUCCAUUUACUUUGAUUUGCUUUAGUCUCUAAGAAAUGAAAUUCUCUUUCUCAACCAGGGCCCAGUCAUUUUUAUGAAUUCUGACACUCUUAAGUCAAAGGUUUCUCUUUUCUUUACAUGUAUUUCAGGGAUAGAAAUGCUCUCUCCAUGACUGAGCUCCAGAUGUUUAGAUGCUAAGAUAUGGAGGAGGCAGCUCAUUAGUAGAAUAUAAAGCAAAGCCUUGUUGGUGAAAAAGAGUGUCUCCAUUUUUUGUUGUGUCCCCCCCUCCUCUUUUUUCCUUCUGUCUUUUAAGAUGAAAACAGUGCUAGACUCCCAGACCAACCUGCCUUAAUCAGCAGUGUACACACAUUGCGCAGUUGCUCACUCUGAGGCAAGAACAUGGGAGGAAGAUGUCUUUCUGCCUUUGGCUAGAGGGCCGAAUUAUAACAUCUGAAGAAAUCAGUCUGUCCUGAGUUUAUCUGCCUACUCUACAGCUCUCCUGCUCCCCUCAGCCGGAGUCAGCUGUCCUGUCUGGUUCUGCUCCCUGGAAGCACUGCAGUGGCUUCCAACUGCCUGGAGAAUUCUGCCUUAGCCUGUGCUGCUUAAACUUCAGGACUUUAAAAAACUUGGACAGUGGGGGCUAGAGAGAUUGUACAUUGUUUAAAGAUUAGCUGUUCUUCCAAAGGGCCUGGGUUCAAUUCCCAGCACCCAUAUGGUGGCUCACAAGUGUUCGUAACUCAGUUCCAGUGGAUCCAACUCCUUCAAACAUGCAUGUAGGACAAACACCAAUGUACAUUAAAUUAAAAACAAAAAAGCAAAAAAACCUUGGCCAGUGAUAGAUUUAUAAAAAAAAAUAGUCAUACCUCCUUGUGGUCCAUUUUUUGUGUUAACAGCUACUAUACUGUUACUUUGCUGACUGAGUAAAGUGACUUACCAGCAGCCAGUUGGCCAGGGGUUCUUUUAUCUGUAGGUUCUUGGCCUGCAGAGCUCUAGUUCACACAACUGCUCACUGGAGAACUGCAGGUUUGCUCUCCAUGGCUUGUAGCAAAGGCACAGGCAUAGUCCUGGUGGUGAGAUUUCCUGUUUGCACUCUUGGCUUCUCUCUGAGCCCCAAGAUCAUACUAGACAUAGCUUCUCAGACAUGAUGUCAUUACCUCAGGCGCAUAAACAAAUCAGGACCUAAGAGAAGAGUGUAGGUCCAACAAGUAUGUCCAGUCAUGGUGCCAGGGCUCCUCUGCUCCCUGUGGGAGCCAUCCCCAGGAGUAUGGAGAUCUGAUCAAUGCCAGCCUGGGCAUGAGCUGUGAGUACCUUUAGCAGUCAUGUUCUUUCCUCCUGAGGUCAGUGAGAGUUCUGACAAAGAAGGAAACGGUAGUCUUUUGGUCUUCCUGAUUUUACAUUCAGUUUUGAUGCAGGGCUUUGUUGGGCUUUGUAGCACAUGUGGCAGCAGUAAUUUUACUGAAGCAACUGCAUUGAAAUUCACAUGGGUGUUCAAAUUGGAACGUAUCAAAUAAGUAUUCUGUAAAGCCAUGCCGGAUGGCCAGCAUGCUAUGGGCUGGUUAUAGAACAGCAUUCUAUGUUGGUCUGCAUCAAAAAUACUGUGCAUAAGGUAGUCUUGGUUACCAUCUAAAAUAACUUAAAAUAUUCCUCACAUAAAAAAAUUUAUGUUGUAUUUUUAAAGCAUUUAGGGCUUUAUCUAUUUUUCUAAGUCGUUAACUGUACUUUUUAAAAAAGUAUUUUGUAUCUACUUUUGUAACUCCAUCAGAAUAAACUAUAUUGAAAGCAAAAA